CGCCAUCUUUACACUUGAUCCGUCAGCUGAGCCGGGCUGUCGGGGUGCCUCAGGCCUGUCAGCUGCCAGAGGCGGACGGGGGCGCCAUGAGGCGCUUGCAGUCUGACGGUGUGGAGAACUCCUUGAGCCAACUCCCCAGUCGAAAUCUCAAAACCGGAAAGCAGAAGAGAAGCUCCAACAAGAGGCCAGUCACCUACAGUCACUGGAGGUGGUCCCAGCCGGAUAGAGCAAGAAAACACAAGGCCCCAGUAAAGGGGUUGGUGUCAUUUGAGGAUGUGUCUGUGGACUUCACCUGGGAUGAAUGGCAGAACCUGGAUGACACUCAGAGGAAGCUCUACAGGGACGUGAUGCUGGAGACCUACAGAAGCCUGGAGUCCUUGGGCCACUGCAUUACCAAACCUGACGUGAUCUUUAAGUUGGAGCAAGGAACUGGGCCAUGGAGAAUAGAAGACGUCCCAAAGCAGUGCCGGCCAGAUGCCCAGAAAGUAACGGACCUGAAUGAAAUCAGCCAGGACAAUGAAGAGAGACAGUUGUGGCACCUUGUAAUUACCAACAGCAACACGUCAAGGGAGGAGAAAGUUAAAUUAGGAAAAAUACUUAAUGUGAGCUCAAACUGUGUUUCAAAUCUGACUGUAAAGAAUGGAAACUCCUCAGGAAUGAGGCCUGAGGCACUUACUGCGUGGCAGAGCAUACCUCCCCCUACGGAGCCUGAUGGCUCCCUGGCUGACAAGCGCCCCAUACACGCAGAGUGUCAUGGGCUGUAUAACAGGGCUCUGAGUACUCGGCAGCAUUUUCAGUGUAGUAGUCAAGAGGUGACCUGCAACACAAAGGCAUUAUGGAUGAAUAAGAGCUUUCACAUUGCACAUAGGUCCAGUGAGUUUGAUGAGUCUGAGAAAGCACCUGAUGAGGUAGCUCUUAAUGCCCAAGAGAUGAGCUGGGUUCGGGAGGAAACUUUUGAAUGUAGUAUUUGUAAGAAAAUAUUCUAUACAGAGUUUAAGCUCACUAAACAUAAGAAAAUACACAAAGGACAGAAAUACUAUACAUGUAGGGAUUGUGAGAAAACCUUCAUUAAGAAACCAUACCACAAAGACCAGAGGAUUCAUGCGGGGGGAGUCAGGUCCCAUAGAUGUAAGCAAUGUGAGAAAUGCUUUCAUCAGAAAACCCAGCAAAAUGUGCCCCAGAGAGUCCCCAGAGAAGCCAAACUCUAUGAAAUUUAUCAGUCUGAAAAAAGUUUUAGUGAGAAGCCAAAUCUCAGACAGUAUCAGAGGACCUGUGCCGGUUAUAAACCCUAUGGAUGUAACAUGUGUGGAAAGUCCUUUUACCGGAAGUCACACCUCAGCAGGCACCAGAGAAUUCACACAGGUGAGAAACCCUAUGGCUGUAAAGAGUGCAAAAAAACUUUCUACCAUAAGUCCUCCCUCACGAUCCAUCAGAGAACUCACACAGGCGAGAAGCCCUAUGAGUGUAAAAAAUGCAGGAAAACUUUCUACUGUAAGUCAGACCUGAAUGUCCAUCAUAGAACUCACACAGGCGAGAAGCCCUAUGAGUGUGACCAAUGUAGGAAAACGUUCUACUCUAAGUCACACCUCAUUAUACAUCAGAAAAUUCACACAGGUGACAAGCCAUACGAAUGUGAAGAGUGUCAGAAAACUUUCAAUCGUAAGUCAAACCUUACCGUGCAUCAGAAAACACACACAGGGGAGAAACCUUACGAAUGCAAUGUAUGUAGGAAAACUUUUCACCGUCGCUCACACCUCAACAUGCACCAGGGAACUCACACUGGCGAGAAACCCUACAAAUGUAAAGAGUGUGGGAAAGCGUUCUACCAGAAGUCGAGCCUCAGCAGACAUCAGAGAAACCACACAGGGAGCAGACCGUACGCAUGUGAAGAAUGUAGGAAAACCUUCCUCCAUAAGUCCUCCCUCACUGUCCAUCAGAGGAGCCACACAGGCUACAAACCAUACUCGUGUGAGGAAUGCAGGAAAACAUUUUACAGUAAGUCGCAUCUCACGGUUCAUCAGAGGACCCACACAGGCGAGAAGCCCUACGAAUGUAAGCUGUGCAAGAAGGCUUUCCACCAGAAGUCAUAUCUUAACAGGCAUCAGGUAACUCAUGAAAGUGAGAAACAAUUUCAGUGUCAAGAAUGUAGGAAAACGUUUUAUCAUAAGUCAUCCCUCAAUGUACAUCAGAGAAUCCACCUGAGGGAGCGCCUGUGAGUCUAACGUGGGAGCUCUGUACGCAGAAACCAUCAGCAGGCUUCAGGCAGGGUGCACGUAGGGCGAUUCCUAUAAAUGUGACAGUGCGGACAAUGUUUUUGCAAGAAGGGACACCUUUGCAGGCGUUAAGUUUAUAUAGAAAAUUCUGUGUGGCACAAGUUGGCUGUCUUCUCUGGAACACAGUCUCCAUUAUGUGGUCUGUAUGACCAUGUAAAAGCCAUAUACAUGCACACACACACACACACACACACACACACACACACGUAUGAUGAUCACUACUUUGAGCCAGGCCCACAGAAAUACUUUUAAGUUUUUUUUCUUCCUUCCUGAGUUCACACGAGCUCUGGCCCUGAGAUGAACGUGACCUACAAGAUAGCCUUGACAUCUAUUGUCAGAAAGUCCCCGAUUUAAGAGAAAUAGAACUGACUGGAGAUAGCUCAUUUUUAUCCCCAAAUACUCUUUAGUUUGAGGAAUACUUUCUCAAGCCAUUACGCAUGGUGCUUUUAUAGAAUGCAAUAAUUCACUUGAUACAGUUGGGAGAACUUACAUGCUUUAAUAUUUCAGAAUUUGUACACAAGGGAAACUUGUACAAAUUGAGAAUACUUUAUCAGAGACGUUUCAUUGAACAGUUUGAAUAAAUCAAAUAUGAGUAAGUUAACACAUGAAACUUUGAACGAAACUUCCAUGUCAGAAGUUUAUAAUGAAGGCAAAUUAUCAGUCUUUGUAAUUUUAAUAUUAACUUUCAAAUGGAGGUACACAUGUGCCAAUAAAUAUGUGAGUGAUA